GAAUUGAUUGAUCCGCAGCAUACCACGACGAUUCCGUUAACGACUUUUCACUACCAAUAAGUCCUCUCCGCCACACAACCAUGUCCGACUCGCAAUUGCAGGAGAACUUCGAGGCGUUUGCCUCCUUCGGCACGGCGCCGUCGAAGGAGAUGGACAACGCGCACUUCUCGAAGAUGCUGAAGGAGUGCAAGAUCAUCGGCAAGGUGUUCACCUCCACCGAUGCGGACCUCCUCUUCAGCAAGGUGAAGGCGAAGGAGGCUCGAAAGAUUACCUUCACCGACUUCCGGGACAAGGCCAUCCCUGCGAUUGCGGCGAAGAUGAAGAAGACGAACGAGGAAAUUGCUGAGAUGAUCGCAAACGGCGCCCCGAAGGCGCACGGCACGAAGACAGAGGCGGUGCGGUUCUUCGACGACAAAAACAGCUACACUGGUGCGGCGAAGCAGGGUGGGCCGACGAACGUGGACCGCAACGCCGGCUCCCUGGCCGGUGUGGUGGAUCGCCGCCAAGCCACCAUGGACAACCGUGGCACCACCGCGAAGCAGAUUUGA